AAUAAGGAUGCAUUUUGAGGUUUCAUUCUAAGCAUCCUUUGAAUUGACCUAUGGCUAAGCCACGCCCCUAAAUGCGAUGAGCCAGUCACAGUCAGCAACCCAAUACACUCAACAUUCUUUCCUUCCACCUCCGUUGAAAUGCACUGCAGUUAGUUUUCAUUCGCUGGUCGUAGGUGUGUAUUUUAACCUUUUCCCAAGCGACAUCUCAACCGAGAUAAGUGUCUGCUUAAUCCAGAUUAAGUUAUGCUGUAGACCACAAUACCAACUAAACGUGGAGAAAUUAGACAAGAAUGUGUACAUCUGUUCUAAGGUAUUUGUAUUUGAACGUUAUCUUUAACAUCUCUAACGCAACGUUGGCCUAACAUUAGAAAACGUUAAUGUUAGCUUCUAGUGUUGUGGUUUUCCUUUUCCUCAAAUGAAACAAUCUUCAGUCUUAGGUUUUGAUUUCAAGAGAAAGACUUUUAGUAUCCGGACAAAUAAAAGCCGAGCAGUCCGGCAAAAACGCCAAGACUCACUGAAAAACUUUUCCUUGUACCACAGUAUUUAAGCUUUCUUCGCACGCAAUCCAUGACCUUUACAUUGACCUUAGCAUAUGCUUCUAUUCCCAAGGGUUCGUAACAUGAAGAAACAUAUGGUUUAUAUCAUAUAGAAUAACAUGGUGGUCACAUUCCCAAGACUGUAUAGGUCUUUUGUCCCUCGCCGUGUAGAUUUUCCCCAUGUACUUUUUGAACAAACUGCAAUGGAUGCUGGUAAUUUUCCUACCCACACAAUGGUUCACUAUACAUAUAACUGGUUAUAUUCGUAUAGAAAAACAUAAAAACAUAAUGUAGAAAAACAUAAAAACAUAAUGGUAAAGUAUUUGAUAUACAUAUUCGGAUUAAACCAAACAGUAACACUUUAUAAUAACUGCACACUAUGAAGCAUUAGUAAAGCAUUAGUUAAGCAUUACUAAAUAGUCAAUUCUUCAUUUAUUAAACAUUAAUAGACAUUAGUAAAUAGUUUAUCAAUGCUUUAUUCUUAAUUUAUAAGCGUAUAUAUAAUGUGUUUAAUAAUUGUCUUUUCAUACUUUAUUAAUGAUCAAUUAAUUAUUUCUAAAAUAAGUAUUACAUUAUUUACAGAUCAGUUAUUAAGAUGUUGUCAGUGGUUCAUAAGAUCAUUUAGGAAGUGUAAAUAAAUGAUUAAUAAACUAUUUAAACAUUCAUUUAUACAUCUUAUUAUUUAGACGUAUAGUAAUAAGUUAGUCAGUGCGUUAAUAAAUGCUUCAUUCACACAUAUUCCUACUGUAAUUCAUGAUUAAUUCAGGUAGUUAUAAAACAUUUAGAAGUGGUCAGUUAACAAAUUUUUUGAGCUCAUCUAAAGUGAGGACUAUUUAUGUAUGGAGCCAGAUCUGUUUCAAAAAUAAUACAUUUACAAAACAAAAUUCAUAAAUUCAAAGCCCAAUUUGCAUUUUCAAAAUCAGUUUCGUAAAUUCAAAGCACAGUUCAUAAAUUCACAAGUACAAUUCAUAAAUAUGUGCCCAAAUGCUCACAAAAUAAAUAAAACCUAAAUAAAUGUAGACUGUUUUCACAAAUGUGUAUAUGUGAAGUUCCUGAAUUUAUUUCUAUCACACAUUUAUGAAUGAUGUCACAUGUAUUUAUGUAUCGUUGAAUCUGCAUUUACAAGUCGUCACACACGCGUGGAUUGCUUUGAAUUUGUGUGCAAUAUUUUUGAGACUGUCCUGCCACAUCAAGAUUCAUAAAUAUCUUUUUUUUUUAGGAGGUUUCUUUUUAGCCAAUCGCGUUGAGCUCUUGAUCCACCAAUCAAAACGCUCCUUACUGAACAGACUCAAGAAGCACAAUUUUAGGCCGUUUAGGCCUACUUUAUUUUAUUAAAGAACAUUUAUGAUGAUUUAUAUCGUUAGUACAAAAUACAGCUACAGUCAUUUUAACCAAAGUUGCACAUAGCCUAUACUGUUUUCACAUCAUUAUAUAUUUCAUGUUGUUGUAAUGUUACUGUUAAAUGUCCUGAAAUUUAUUUAACAAAGUCUGUUUUUAUCACUAUUAUUAGUUGUAAGUGUAGUUGUAGGCAUAUGAAGUGGUGCGUUCUCAAAUACUUUUGUUCAGGCAUUAAAACAGCUACCACGAGAGAUUUCGAACACAGCGGAGAGAGAUUUCAUCAUGGAGGAUGAAAACCAGACGCAACGAGAGUUGCUGAAGGAUUACGUUCUCCAGCGACUUCAAGACCGUGUGCUACAUGUAUUGGAGAGACAGCCUCUGGACACAGAUUAUUUGCAGUUUGUCUGCAGACAGGAGCUUGUACUAAUCAGUGCCUUAACUAAUAUAAUAAACAUUUCUGAGAAUGUUAUUUUAGCCCUUACACGUCUAAAUAUUGCGAUAAAUCGCCAGAUGGAUAGUGGAGAGGUGUGUGUAACAGUGGAUGUGGAAAGAGGUGGUGGUCGUGGACGUCCAAGAUUGACAAUUUCAACAAACACUCUUAUCCACCUUAUUGAACUUGGUUUGCCUUUAAAAUGUGUUGCCAAUAUAUUGGGAGUGUCUCGAGCAACAUUGCAUAGAAGGAUGGCGGACAACAAUUUGUCAGUUACUGCACUGUACAGCACUUCUACCGAUGAAGAGUUAGAUGCUCUUGUGACAGAAGUGAAGAACUCUAUGCCAGAUGCAGGAUACAGAAUGGUCCGAGGGGCUCUCCUUGUAAAAGGCCACCGGGUUCAGUGGGACAGAGUCGUUGCAUCUAUGCAUCGUGUGGACAGUGUUGGUGUCUUGUCAAGAAUGACCAACCUAAGAUGCAUUGCUCGAAGAACAUAUAAAGUUCCUUAUCCCAAGUACAUAGUUCAUGUAGACACCAACCACAAACUCAUCAGGUACAACAUUAUAAUCUUUGGAGGAAUAGAUGGUUAUUCAAGAAAGAUAAUGUACCUAAAGGUAGCAAACAAUAAUCGCUCUGACACCCAUUUGUCAAUCUUCAGUGAGGCUGUAAAUGAACAUGGGUUUCCGGAGAGAGUAAGAGGUAAUCAUGGAGGGGAAAAUGUGGGAGUGGCCCAGCUAAUGUUUUCAGUUCGUGGAACUGACUACAAUAGCUUUAUUGCUGGUAAAAGUGUACAUAAUCAAAGAAUAGAGCGACUGUGGCGUGAUGUCUACAUUGGAGUUACAAGCGUUUAUCAAAACAUCCUGCGCACCUUGGAAGAGAAUCACCUGUUGGACAUCAGUAACAGCGUCCAUUUAUUCUGCUGCCAUUUUGUUUUCCUGCCACGCAUCCAGGAAAGUCUGGAUUACUUUUCUGGUGGGUGGGACAACCAUCCCAUGAGGACCGAACAAAAUCUCACACCCAAUCAGUUGUGGCAAGUGGGUCAGCUCCAAAACCCAAUCAUGGAUCCUGAGAUUGAUGUUAUGCCAGACAUUGAAUGGGAAAACAGUGGAUACAGUGAAGAGCCAAACCAGGGAGUUAAUGUUCCAGAACUACACAUUCCAUUAACUGACCAUGACAUAUCAGAACUUAAACAAAUGAUUGACCCACUGCAACACUCGGAUUGUUUUGGAAUAGACAUAUAUCUUACCACUGUUCAGUAUGUGGAGAGCUUAACUGAAGUGAGGUAAUUGGAGACAUGAUUAUAUGAUCUUUCCAAAAAACCCAAAACAACAUAUGGUCAGUCACUAAGUAUUUUCCACAGUUACAUUAAUUAAGAAACAUUUGGUUAAGGUCAAAAUUAUUUGUAAUGCUACAUUUUAAAUGGUCAUGCUUGUUCGAAGAUAAUUCUUGCCAAAAUAAAUAUUACAAUUCAAAAUAAAUAUUACAAUCCUAAAUAAAGGUGUUUCUUGUUUAUCAACAUAUCAUUGCGGAUAAGUACGACCUUCUGUUGUAGGACUGUCCAAUAACUUCUGAUAAAUCUCUUACUGUAGACCUUAUUACAAUCACUUUUUUUACUUUUUUCACAAUUUCUAAUUGAAACUAGAAUUAAUAUAAUAAUAAUUUGGGGCUGUUGACACAUUUCAGAACACAAUCAUUAGUUAUUGACCAUUGUUUGUCAAGACAAUGCUACUUUUUGCAAAAACAUUUUUAUUUUCUCAUACAGAUUGCAUGUUAACAGAUUUUACAGUUUUGCUUUAUCUUACAGUAAACUUUUGUGAAAGGGAAACAUGUAAACCAGUGGUCACCAAUCCUGGUCCUGGAGGGCCGGUG